AUGGGCGCGGGGCUGGGGCGUCGGGAUGGGUCAUUAAUGGGUUAUCCCACCCAGCCUGAGAGAGCCGGAGCGGGGAAGGCUCCUGAGGAGGCGACAGCAAGGCCGGACUUUAAGAGUCAGCGGAAUCCGUACCUGGAGAACUACCACGGGCUUCGGGGCACCUUUGCCGGGAGGAUCAAGUCACGAAAUCCCAACGUGCCGGCUUGGACGGGCGCGGCCGCCGCGGAGCGCGCGGAGGCGGGAGGCGCGAAGGCCUGGGGACGCGCACCUGGGGGACAGGGCAGCCCCUCCGGCGGCGGCAUGGAGGACAGCGAGGGCGGCGUGCUCAAGGAAGGCUUCCUCGUCAAGAGGGAUCGGGCUGCCUGGGGUCGGCUGGGCGGAGCAGCGUGUCUAUGGGGAAAGCGGAGUGCACGGCGAUUGAAGGUUGGCAUGGAGGCCCAGGGUCACAUUGUCCACAACUGGAAGGUGCGAUGGUUCAUCCUCCGGCAGAACAUGCUGCUAUACUACAAGCUUGAGGGGGGCCGGAGAGUGACCCCUCCCAAGGGCCGCAUCCUCCUGGAUGGCUGUACCAUCAUCUGCCCCUGCCUGGAGUAUGAAAACCGGCCUCUGCUCAUUAAGCUGAAGACUCAAACAUCUGCGGAAUACUUCCUGGAGGCCUGUUCUCGAGAGGAGAGGGAUGCCUGGGCCUUUGAGAUAACAGGGGCUAUUCAUGCCGGGCAGCCAGGGAAGGUUCAGCAACUCCACAUACUGAAAAAUUCCUUCAAGCUUCCCCCUCACAUCAGCCUGCAUCGUAUUGUGGACAAGAUGCGUGACAGCAGCAGUGGGAUCCGGCCGAGCCCCAACAUGGAGCAGGGAAGCACCUACAAAAAGACCUUCAUAGGCUCCUCCCUGGUAGACUGGCUCAUCUCUAACAGCUUCGCGGCCAGCCGUCUGGAGGCAGUGACCCUGGCCUCCAUGCUCCUGGAAGAGAACUUCCUCAGGCCCGUAGGCACCCGUAGCAUGGGAGCCAUUCGCUCUGGGGAUCUGGCCGAGCAGUUCCUGGACGACUCCACAGCCCUGUACACUUUUGCUGAGAGCUACAAGAAGAAGAUAAGCCCCAAGGAAGAAAUCAGCCUCAGCACUAUGGACUUAAGUGGCACAGUGAUAAAACAAGGCUAUCUGGCCAAGCAGGGGCACAAGAGGAAAAACUGGAAGGUGCGGCGCUUUGUUCUGAGGAGGGACCCAGCUUUCCUGCAUUACUACGACCCUUCCAAGGAAGACAACAAACCAGUCGGUGGGUUUUCUCUUCGUGGUUCACUCGUGUCUGCUCUGGAGGAUAAUGGCGUUCCCACUGGAGUUAAAGGGAAUGUCCAGGGAAAUCUCUUCAAAGUGAUUACUAAGGAUGACACACACUAUUACAUUCAGGCCAGCAGCAAGGCUGAGCGAGCUGAGUGGAUUGAAGCUAUCAAACAGCUAACGUGAAUUCGGCUGGAGUCUGAGGGAACAGGACCUGGAUGCCUCCCUGCUACCAGAGGAUACAUACAGGGUUUCUUGGAGAAUGGGAGUGUGUUAGGACUUCUGACAAAAAGUUUAACAAGCAGUUAACUUCUUUGUCCAUUUUGGAGUGAGACUGGGGAGUGCCUCAGUUACAAACAGCAGUGGUGCCAUUUCCUUCUGCAUUUUCAUGUUAUCAACCUGGAAAGGCUACAACAGCCACUGGCAUCAGCAUCUUCACUUGCCAACCACCACAGGCAGGCCUCUCCUUGGGCACCAAAGUAAGUUCCCCUUGUUGUAACAGUAACACUGGACAUGUUGCAACACUGACUAGAAUUCUAGUCUCGUGGCAGCUCUCUGAAAUGACAUCUAAAACAACUCUUUCUUUGGAAUUAAUAAAAAUAAUAAAAAGUGACAUUUGUUUCCGGCUACUACUGCAAUCCCAACAAA